UUUGCAGGCAUGACAAGUAUCGCAGGCACCGUGAUCUUCUCUUCUUUUGAUACCUGCUAGUCCCCCGUAUCCCACUGGCUAGAAACGACGACGCCAUUCCGCAUUCCGCAUUAUCCUGCUGCGAACAGUGCGAACAGGGCGCACUCGAUCAUCAACUUGCCUCCUCCUCGAGGUCGCUCUCACGACAAGCCGGCAGCAUGAAGCCACAGAAGCCACAGCUCAAACAACAGCACUCGGUCACGGCGAGGGAUGCUGAGCUGUCCGCCCAGUUCUCCAGGGUUUCUGUGUCCGGCCUCCCUGCUCUCCAGAACCGCGCCGGCGACAGCACCAGCCCCUACGUGCAAUCACAUGCCUCCACCCCCGUCGCCUGGCAGCUGUUGGACCAUGAGGCCAUACAGCGCGCCAAGAAGGAGAACAAGCUGAUUUUCAUCAACAUCGGCUUCAAGUCAUGCCAUUAUUGCCGGCUGACCACCCGCGAGUCCUUCUCUCAUCCCGAGAUCGCCAAGCUCCUCAACAACUCUUUCGUGCCAAUCCUUGUCGACCGUGAGGAGCGCCCGGACAUAGACAACAUCUACAUGAACUAUAUCCAGGCCAUCAACGGCGCCGGCGGGUGGCCCCUGAACGUCUUCCUGACCCCCGAGUUGGAACCCGUCUUUGGCGGCACAUAUUGGCCCUCUCCCGGUACUGAGCUCAUCGGCCCUGACGGCGAGGAGGUUGCCGAGGAUGAGCGCAUCGACUUCUUGGUGAUCCUGCAGAAGAUGAAGGAGGUCUGGCCGCAGCACGAGGCCAGGUGCCGGCAGGAGGCCAAGGAGAUCGUGUCCAAGCUGCGCGAGUUCGCUGCCGAGGGCACCCUCGGCACGCGAGGCACGGCCACUCCCGGAGCAGUGGGUGCCUCGAGCGCCGCCGUCCCGACCGAUCUGUCCGGUGCGCCCAUGGCUGGGGACUCAGACUUGGACUUGGACCAGCUGGAGGAGGCCUACAUGCGGAUUGCGGGCACUUUCGACCCGGUCAACGGCGGCUUUGGGAUCGCGCCAAAGUUUCCGACCCCGGCCAAGCUUUCAUUCCUCUUGAAACUCGCAAACUUCCCGAGUGUGGUGGCCGAUGUCGUGGGGGAUAAGGAGGUCGCCCAGGCGAGACACAUCGCGCUGCACACCCUGCGGAGGCUCAGGGACGGUGGUCUGCGUGAUCACGUCGGUGGGGGGUUCCAUCGCUACGCUGUAACAGCAAACUGGUCCAUGCCGCAUUUCGAGAAGAUGGUCUCGGAUAAUGCGCUGCUGCUAGGCUUGUAUCUCGAUGCUUGGUUGUCAACUGCGAGAGGGCUCAAGAGAGACGACGAGUUUGCCAACGUGGUCUUUGAACUUGCAGAGUACCUGACAUCGCCGCCCAUAUUGCGGCCGGACGGUGGGUUUGCCAGUAGCGAGUCAGCAGAUUCGUACUACAGGAAAGGCGACACCCAGAUGCGCGAGGGUGCUUACUACCUAUGGACCCGGAGGGAAUUCGACGAGGUGUUCAAGGACUCGCCCACCGUGGGCGCCCUUGCCGCGGCACACUGGAAUGUGCUGGGCCACGGCAACGUCGAGCGGGAGCAAGACCCGAACGACGAGUUCCUGAACCAGAAUGUCUUGCACACCGUCAAAGGUGCAGAAGAGCUCUGGAAACAGUUCGGCACGUCGUCAGCAGAGGCUAAGGAAUGGAUCGAGACUGCGCGGUCGCGGCUGAGGGCACGUCGCGAGGCAGAUCGAGUGAGGCCGGAGGCGGACACGAAAGCCGUGACCAGCACAAAUGCCAUGGUGAUCUCCGCACUGGCGAGGACGAGCUCAGCCAUCAAAUCUAUUGACCCCGAGAAGGCCAAGAAAUAUUUGGAUGCAGCCACAGGGGCGGCAAGAUUCAUCGAGACGCGGUCAUGGGACGCGCAGGCGAAGCUGCUGUACAGGUCUUAUUUUGAUAGGCGGAGUUCUGUACAGGGAUACGCUGAGGACUAUGCCUUCCUGAUCGAGGCCCUAUUGGAUCUAUAUGAGGCGACAGGAGAGGAGAACUGGCUUGAAUGGGCCGACAGCCUGCAGAAACGACAGAUCGAGCUCUUCUAUGACCCGACAGUGCCCAGCACCUCACGGCCAGUCACGCCCAUGGCGCAUCACUCCGCCUGUGGAGGGUUCUACUCCACGGCAGAUGAGGCAGAACAUGUCAUCCUCCGCCUCAAGGACGGCAUGGACACCGCACAGCCGUCCACAAAUGCAGUAUCCACGUCCAACCUGUUUCGGCUGGGAUUCAUUCUCGGGGACUCGGACUAUGUCAAGGUCGCCCAUGAGACCAUCAGUGCCUUCGAAGUAGAGGCCCUGCAGUAUCCGUGGCUGUUCAUUGGCCUGCUCAGCGGUGUUGUCACUGCGAGGCUGGGUGGCAUCGUCUGGCUCUCUGGUUCCGGGGACGGCUCUAAGACGGAGGAGCGCAGGCGCAGGUUCCAUGAGCUCCCCAGGGCGGGCAUGCGAAGCUGGGUCUACCUGAAGAAGGGCGGCGAGAAGGAGAAGUCGUGGCUCUUCGGCAAGAGAAACCAGGCUCUGGCAGGCCUUGAGGAGGGGUCGUAUCAGUUUGACGGGAAGUACAAGCUCUACAAAGAGGCGGAAGCCGAAUUGUUUGGGCCUUGAUGGCCAUCUUGUCCGCGAUGAAGGAUUUGUAGACCUCCAUUGUCUCCGAGGUUGUGAACACUGUCGAGGAAACAUGGGAAGGCGACUGGUCUGCCACUGCAUGCAUUUACUAGGAGUUUAUUCAUACUGCGAUGCUGAUUUAUAUGAUCUUAGCAGGUGGGCCAUUGGAAACGGCUUGUGGGCGAGAAUCCAAUUUUUGUUUGCGUGAA